AUGGCCGGCCGUCAAGGCAAGCCAGAGGAGGAGCUCUUUUUCCAACGACCCUCGAACGGAGAGGAUAGCCCUACUGUCGAGCCUUUGAGAAUAUCCAAGCCGCUCAGUCCCAAGCCUCGAACAGAGUCAGCCUCCUCAGGCCGAGUCAACUAUCUUCCUCCCUCCAGCAAGAACGGCUUCCCUCUACCUCCGGGCGCAUCGAGCUCUGCCAGCCCUCUGCCGUAUCCCGAUGACCCCGACCUCUGCACCAGACCUUCCGAGUCUCGAAAUAGGCGCCCUCCAUACCCUGAAGACCCGAGAGUGGAUUCGGGCAGGAAAGACUCGGGAAGUCCUGCAGGAAGUCCAGGCAGGGAACAGAUAAGAUCAAGUGGUGGAAGGACUCCUUCAAUCGACAUCUCGUCGCGGCUGACGACCAGCCCUAUUGACAAGAGGGGACCGGGUCUGGCAGAACGAAGGGGGACUGCGCCCAAACCUCUGCCAGAUUCUCCUGGUUCAGAUCUGCCAGAUAAAGAGGGGCUGUGGGCCAAGCAGCCCACAAGAGAUCCCAAGCCCUCACCUGCUGCAUCACGUCCGGCCCAGUCAAGCACUCCUUCAUAUCCCGAGUUCCGCCAGCAAUACUACCCUCCACCUGUUCCAGAUACAGCUGAGCUGAAUGGAACAUCUUCUUCAGAUAAUCUGAUCGCUCCCAACGCGAUGAACCGAUUCGCCUCUACUGCGUCGACUUCAACUACCAGGGCCACGAGAGGCUCACCCCCUCCCCCAGAGACACCAAUCGAAGGACCUGGAGAGCUGCCCGGUGGUGGAAUCGAAGCUCGAUAUGCAGCCGCAGGAAUUUCAGGGACUGCUACCUUAAGCAGUCUCCAGGCACAGAAUGCUGCAGCUGCGCAGAGACAACACCAGUAUGGACCUCCGCCAGUCCCCCAGCUUCCUCAGUCGCCUGGCCUCCAUCCAGUCCAGCAUCAGAAUAUUGUCAGGCCUUGGACACCUACCGAGUCUCCAGAUCAGCAACCUCAUGGCCCACCAACCGUAUACCAAGGGCCAAAACAGGUGACAAACUCGUCGCCUCCCCGAGCACAGCAGCAGCUUCAACAAGGUGGACCCAGUGCAACAGGCCAAUCCAAUGCACUCGAACAGGAUUUCCAGCGGAUGCAAUUGUCGCCGUCCCCUCCUCCAGCCUAUUCUAGCGUGACCCCGGGUGGCACCGGUGGAGCUCAAACUUACCCUAAUGAGAAGGGCCGUACCGGUAGUGUACCGGCCGCAAUAGCGACCGGCCCUAAACCUAACAUCGCUUCUCCUCUCACGUCUCCGGCAUUACAACACCCAGGACAUCCAGCUUUUGCAAAUGAUCCAAGAGAAGAAGUACAGCGCCCUCAACAGCAGCAAGCUGCACAAACAGCCCCUGUACAACAGUUUGCCAAUUCAUCGCCCUUCCAGGGCGCCGGCCCGAGCUCACCACCGCCUCUUCCGGAAGGAUGGAUUGCCCAUCUAGACCAGAAUUCUGGACAAUACUACUACAUCCAUCUCCCAACUCAAGCUACGCAAUGGGAAUUCCCCAAGGGACCUACGCCUCUGAACCACCCUGACACUGCACCAUUGUCACCCACGGUGUCGACGUAUGGAAACCCCCUCGCUUCUCCAGGGUUGAGUGCUUUUGGCAAGACGCCUCUAGGAUCACCUGGAUUUGCACCCCACACCCCAGGCUACGCGGAGAGUAUUAUGAGCAUGACUUCUCAGGCCCCAACUGCUGCGGGAUUCUCAGGUCCUCCUCCAAGUGCUGGAGUUGAUAUGUACAAGAUUGCCCCUACGAAUGGAGUGUACUUUGGACCAUACCUCCGAUACGUGAACAUGAACCUGGAGCGAGGCGUCUGGCUGGGUAGCAUAAUGCUUGUGACUGAUGGUCCGCAACCGCCAACAAUUCAUAUCCAUCGAAGCGUUGACUUGUCUCCUAACCCACGUCAAUUGAAAGCUAGCCCCAUCUUCACCCAUCAGCGAUGGGUUUUCUACCGUUAUGAUAUAGACUUGCAAAUGGGUGAUGGGCCAAGCGACAAGUGGACUUAUGCAAUCACCUCGCACCUGGGGUGUACACGCUACGAGUUCUUAGUAGCAGGUCGCCACGAGACAAACUGGAGAUUCAUAGCACAUUCCGGUAAUGAUUUUGCCAUGAACACCAGCGUCAAUGAGCGUUCUAAACUGGGCGGGAUAGGCUUCAUGUGGAAAGAUAUCUUACAGAAGAACGUUGAAUGCGGUGGUUUCCACGUGCAGCUAGGGCUCGGUGAUCAGAUCUACGGAGACAGGUUAUGGAAGGAAAUACCGUUGCUCAAGCAGUGGUUAGCUAUGAGCGGAAAGGAAAACAGAAAGACCGCUGCUUGGACCGCUAGGCAUGAGGAAGAUGUUUCUCACGCCUACUUCCACUACUAUACGAGUCACUUUGACCAGCCAUACCUGCGAGAGGCAUUCGCUCAGAUUCCUCACAUCCUCCAAAUCGAUGACCAUGACAUUUUCGACGGCUUUGGCUCCUAUCCCGACUACAUGCAAUCCUCCAACAUGUUCAAGAACAUCGGCCGCGUCGGUAUCGAGAUGUACCUCCUCUUCCAACACCACACUACCCUGGAAAUCCUCCGCAAUGUCAACUCGGACAUCGACCUCUUCACCAUCACCGGUUCAGGGUGGCACUUUGUCAAGUAUCUUGGCCCAGCCGUCGUAGUUGUCGGUCCUGAUUGCCGCUCAGAACGCAAUCAACGACAAGUACUUGCUGGUCCUACGUACCAAGGCUUAUUCCCAAAGGUAGCGACUUUACCGCCUAGUGUGCAGCACUGCAUAUGGAUGAUUUCCGUGCCGGUCAUAUAUCCGCGCCUGGAUACUGUGGAAAGCAUCGCGCACACGAUGGCGACAGCUAAGAAGGGCGUCACUGGUACAUAUAACCUGCUCGGCAAGGUAACGAGUUCCGUAGCGGGUGUGGUAGGUGGCAAAGAAGCUGUGGCUUCCGGUUUCAGCCAAGUGAAGAAAGCAGUCGGAAAGUCUGGGCUGAUGGGCGGUGUCCUGAACACGUUCGGCGACAUUGACAUCGCGGACGAGCUGCGCGACAUGUGGACUCACGAAUCGAAGGAUCUAGAGCGGACUUACCUGAUCAGAACGUUGCAAGGAAUUGCCAACCAAAAGGGCCUGCGCAUGACAUUCUUGUCUGGAGACGUCAACUGCUGUGGCGCAGGCCUCGUCCACGAUCCCUCCCAUCCCUCCGACCACAAAACUAUGUACCAAGUCAUCUCGUCGGCCGUCGUCGCGGCCCCACCUCCAUCCUACGUCCUGAAGCUGCUGCACAAUAACAAGCCGCUGUACGUACCCGCCAACGGCCAGAAGACAACCAACCAGGUCUCCGACACCAAGGAGGACAUGAUGGAGAUCUUCCAGACAGACACGAACGGCGGACCGCGCGAGAUGAAGAAGCUGAUGGGCCGCCGGAACUACGUCGCAUUCGUAGCCUACGACCCGGAGAACGUGCCUGGCAGCAGCGGCUAUUCGAGCGCCGGCAGCGUGAGUGCCGGCCAGAGCGGGCUGGCGAAGCUGAGCCUGGCCGUCGAUUUCAUCGUACAGGGGGAUAGCGGGUUUGCGGCGCCGACGAAGUAUGGGCCGGUCAUUAUUCCUAGCUUGGAGUUUGGGAGAUGA